AUGGCUUCAGGCUUGUUCUCUGGUGUCUCUCCAUGGCAUAUUCCCGCCAUGUUUAUAGGCACCGCCUUCACUCUUGGUGGUCUUCUCCCUUUGAGAGCCCCGGACCGUGCUAUGCGCGAGUACGGGUUGCCUGAGGGUAUUGCCAGGUCAGAGCCAGCGCAAUUAGCAUUUGGUAUCUACGGCACUCGUGUAGCUGCUUAUGGCGUCGCUCUGUGGACGUUCUAUCUUCGUGGUGAAUACCAUGUAGUUGAUACGCUCAUGAGCUUACUCUUCUUGUGGGGUGCGGCUGAUUGUUGGGUUUGUAUUAAGGCUGGUGUGCCAGGGACAGCUGCCUGGAGAUUCGUAGUGGAUCUCGAAGUUGUUGGUGAAUAA